UUAACAUAAUCGGAUUUUUCUCUUCCAGCUUCUUAACUCUCCUCAACUGAUUAUUUUCACCGAAAUGGCUUUCAGAAUCACCAGCCAAUUGCGACCGUUUAGAAACCAAUUUGGUGGCUCUCGUCGUUUCGCAACCACGGUCGCCGAUGGCGCCAAACAAACAUAUAACAAGUUCUCCAUAAUGGGAGAGUUUGCACCAGUGGCUAUAAUAGGAGGUUUUGUUGGUUUAGCGGUGCUUAUGGCCGGACAUAGCAUCAAGCAGCAGCUUAUGCAUGCUCCGGCAAUCAGUACAAGAAAGAACAGAAGAGCGGCUGUCGCAGAAGUCGAUGAUCCAGAAAAUUGUGUUUCCUCUGCUGACAAAUUUAUCAACAAGUCUUGGCUACGUAAAGUAGGUCAGAUUCAAGAUAAGUCUAAAGCAAUCUUAUCUGAUCCCACUCGACCUAACCCAUUCACCACGCCUCGAAAUGCAGAGACAUUGAACUCCGUUGGUGUGGCUCCAAAGGGAAUCUGAAAACUUUCUGAUGAAUCGAAUAAGUUUUUUUUUUUUUUGCUUUCAAGUAAAAAUUGCAUUUAUCUUUUCUAUUUGUCUUGUUCCAAUUUUGAGUUUUGAGCUUGUACAUAAAUGAUCUCUUUGAUCUUGUUUCCAAUAAAGUUGAUCUUGUGUU